AACUCGAACUUGAGAGACCAUUUUAUUUCACGUCAAUAUACUUUGGGUUGAUAAAAUUAACAAAUGUUUACCAAACAUAUGAUGAAAUGAAUGUGUUGCACCAACUAUAAGACUUUGUUAUGAAACCCGCUGAGUUUGGAACUUUCAAGGUUAAGGGUUUGAUGUUGGUAAUACUAUAUUAUUCGUAAUUUCGAUGGAGAGGCAGAGGUCUUUCGAAGUCCUUCAUGUCGAUGAUGAAACUUUUGACCAAGAGACUGAUAGUCUUGUCGAAAGUGUCUACUUGGUUUCUGAGCAAGCUGUUCCUGAUGAAUCACCUUCUUACACUGAGGUUUCAGAGUCCGACAAGUCAGAGAAUUCUCUAUCCACAUCAACGUUCGAUUUCGUUAAACUGGACAUCGACCAAAACCAUGCUGCCAUUACACAACCCUCUCCAUCUUGUAACUUGGAUCAGUUACACUGUCUAAGUGUACCUGAUGAGAGAGAAACAACUAUUGUAUAUGAACAACCAUGUAUCCAGUCUUCAACGUACUCUGAAAUAAGUGCCUCUGAUCGGAUACAUUUUUACUUCCAUGAUUUUCUUUUGGGAGGCAUAAUUUUCAGUUUGCUUUUAGGUCACAUGCUGUAUUCUGAACAAUGUUAUAAGAAUAGAAUGGCAAGUUGUGAAAUUGAACGUGACAAAUUGUUAACAAAUAUUUCUUUUCUAUCGACUGAAAUUUCACAAAAAGAUACAGCAUAUCGACACUUGGAAAUUAAAAAUAAACACCUUAAAAAUAUAACGCAUCAAUUGCAUUCAGUUAGUUUUCAUUUCUUCCAAAAUUGCGUCGAAAGAAGAGAUACAAGAAAUAAUAUGCGAACAAUAGCAAAUGAAGGAGAAUUUAAUAGAAAGUAAUCAGCCUUUACAAGGUGUAUACGAGAGAAAAUCACAACCAAACUUAUUAAUAUCAGUUUUGUUCAUAUCUAAUAAUAGCAUUUUGUUUGGAAGCAAUUAACUGGGAUUGGAAUACUUAAUUUCCAUAUUUGCUUACAUUCAUGUUCAAACUAUCCCAGUAAUAUUCAAGUAGAUUAUGCUUCCCCAAAGAUUCGAACUUGAAUCACUCAGUAUUUCUUCCAGGAAACUCUACAGUUUGUUUAUUUGCUUAUCAUAACUUCAUCUCCAUUUCAUGGUAUAUAUGUGUUAUUUUCUAAAAAGUUUUAUACAAAUCAAAAAUGCAUAGCUUUUGUUCACGAUUACAGAUAUAUCUAUACUAACAGCUGAAUUACGUGAUAAAGCACAGGCUUACAAUGAAUUAAAAUCAGAUUACAAAUAUGUUAGUGAUAAAAUGAAAGAGUUAACCAAUGAAUUGCGAAAAUUGAAAUUUGCGCUUAUGGAUUUGAAACGCUCUUCGUUAUUUUUCCCCGGUAUCAGAUUGAUCAAAGAUAUCUUGUGUAAAAUUUUAAGCGUUUGCCCUGAUCUAGAUGGUGUGUAGACAAAUAAAUGAAUUCAAAGUGAGCCGUGUCUUCGAAACGGAACAAAGGAUAAUAUAUUUUUCUUCUUUUCUCAAUUAAUGUUUUUGUCAUCAUAUUUCUUUAUCUUGUUAAGUUUUAUUGAGUAAUUUUGGCAUGUCGUAUAAAAUCUCUUUUGUCUUACAGCUGCUAUUGUAAACAUUUAUACCAAAAGAGUAUUUAUAAUUUAUCGUCAUUAUUACUUCAUUCUGAGAAUUUUCCUUAAAGUCAUUACGUCACAGUUCAAAUAGUAUCAUUUAAACUAUAACACAAAUAGCCCGAAAUAACCUCAUACAAAAAUAAAGUGAAAUAUCGAUCUAUUCCAUUCUUUCCCAAUAAAUAAAUAAUGUACCAUUAUGCUUCUCUUGUUUCCGAUAUAUUUUAAUUAUUUGGUUUUGAUCUAGUUUAAUUUUAAUGAAUUAGCAGACAUUACAGUCGUAUCCAUAAGAUAAAUCUUUAUUAUGAAG